UGCGCCAACCGCCCUCCUCCCCCUCCUUCCUCUCCUCUUCCUCCCGGCAGAUGCGCGGGCAUCUCUCCCACAGGCAGGAGCAGCGAGGAGCCCAGCAUCUAGCCUAGCUAGCCAGCCACCGUCCACCGACCACCACCACCACCACCACCGAUCGAAUCGGGUGCUGCUGCAGCUCCGACCGCUUUAUAAGGCCAGCCCGCCCUGCUCGACCGCCUUCGACCUCGCCGCCGCCGCCGAAGCCGCGGGCUGGUUGCUCCGAUUGGGAGUGCCAAUCGGAGCCAACAACAGGGGAAGCACAUGCUGCCUUUCGUUCUAGAGUUCCUCAUUGAUGUCGCCUGUGAUCAGUGAGAUCCUCCUCUCGGGGUUUAUGAUCAACUCCACACUCCGGCGACGCACCCAUCUCGUCCAGUCCUUCUCCGUCGUCUUCCUCUACUGGUUCUAUGUCUUCUCAUAAACAACUCGCCCCCAUCACCGCGCCCCUCCCUUCCUUCUUCUUCUUCGCCGUCGUCGUCUUCGUCCUGCCCUCGUCGUCUCCUCUUUCUCUUUAGUAGCAUCGUCCUCCUCCUCUGUCUCUCUGUCGUCUCUGUCUUCGUCGCCGUCGUCGUUGUCUCUGUUUCAGUUCAACAACUAGUAGCUUUCUGAAGCUUUAGCUUUGCAUGCACUUCCCUACUUCUGCUGCUACCAAAGAUCUUCUGUAGCGUCCCCUAAUUUACCAACAACAGGAAAUCGAGGCCAGAAAAAAGAAGAGCUCCGAUUUCUCUGGUAGUAGCGUGUAAUAAGGAAGAAGAAGAAGAAGAAAUCAAGGAGCAGGGAGCUGCUCUGCUCUGUUCUUGCAAGAAAGGGCGGUUCUUAGAAGGAAGGAAGCAGCAACGAUGGCUUCCUCGAGCGGGAGCGGCAGCUCGGGCUCGCUCUCCGCGGCGACCGCGGCCCUUGCCGCCGCCGCGGGCACGGAGGAGGAGCUGCGCGCGCUCAUGGAGCAGCGCCGCGCCAAGCGGAUGCUCUCCAACCGCGAGUCCGCGCGCCGCUCGCGGAUGCGCAAGCAGCGCCACCUCGACGACCUCACCGCGCAGGCCGCGCACCUGCGCCGCGAGAACGCGCACGUCGCCACCGCGCUCGGCCUCACCACGCAGGGCCUCCUCGCCGUCGACGCCGAGAACGCCGUCCUCCGCACCCAGGCCGCCGAGCUCGCCGCGCGGCUCGCCUCCCUCAAUGACAUCCUCGCCUGCAUGAACACCAACGCCGCCGCGGCCGCCGGGGCCGUCGCCGUCUCCCUCACCGCCGCCGCCGCCGCUGUUUCCGCGUCCUCGGACCCCUACCUCGCCUUCGAUGGCGCCACCGCCCUCGACGACCUCCUUAGAUCCUGCCCAGAGAUGUUCCCGCUCUGCUAGCUCAAGACUGGGAUCACCAUGGCAUCACAAAGCAUCAAGAAGGGAAAAAAGAUUCUUCUUUUUUUUUUUGCUUUUGGUGUUUCAGGUUAGUAAUUUGCUAGUGAGAUGGAGCUGAAAUCAGAUCACAAGGUGGUGAACCAUGGAAUUUACUGUUACUGUAUUGUGCUGGGGGUAAGCAACUGAGCGCUGCACCUAAUUAACUAAGCUAGCUGCUGAGAUUAAGGUUAAUGAACCACUACUAAUUACCAUAUGUAACUCUUAAGUUCUGCUCUGGUCAUUGUUUUCAUGUACUGUGCCACUCCACUAUGUAAGAAUCAGAGCAGUAACCCUACUAGUAUUUCUCCUUCAAACAAAGGAAGUGCAAUAUAUAUUUUACAGUUUACUCUA